AUGGUUCCCUUGGAAUCUCGCCUGACCGCCCAGGAGGAGGAUGACGCUCCCUCGCCGAACGAGGAGGAAGCCUCUAGCUCUGUGUCUGAUGAGUACCAGUCCGCCGCCUCGCAGAGCGAAGAGGCACCCGCUGGGUCGGAGCCACAGGAGGAGCAGACCGUCCCAUCGGAGAGCGAAGGGGCACCCGCUGGAUUGGAGCCCCAGGAGUCAUCUGAAUAUAAGCUCGAUGAAGGGGACACACCUGGCGCGCCGAGCGAUGACAGCUCUUCCACUGCUUCCGAAGACAAAUUCACUAUUCCCCAGUUCGAGGAAGGGCAGGAACCCUGGAACCCUACCAUAGACGAUUUAAACCUCAGUAUUCCCCUCUGCGUGUAUGGCCUCCUCCGACAGAUCUUUCCCCCGGGGGAGGGCUACCAACACACACACACCACCCGGCACUCUGAGGAGAUCGACUUCCAAGUGCUGCACGUGGGCCACCCUACCACAGGAGAAUUCUUUUGCCUAUUGUCUGGGCCCACGCCCCCGUGGGCCCCGUUCUGGUAUACGUACUCCGUCUGGCUCGUUAUGGAGCUGGAUAUCAUGGAACGCGUCACAUCCCCGGAAAUCCCGAUUACUGGGAUGAUCUGGCGCGAGGGUAGGUUCGGACUCUACGAACGCCGUCGGGUGGACGGAACCAUUGUCUCGGCGCCGGGGACUAUCGUUUAUGACCGAAGGCACUCCUUCGAUGCCGUCGAGCAUUGGUUCUUCCUCGUGGACUUUCUCCUAGGCUUCAGGGGCGAGGUCCACUAUCGUAGCAUCCCGAUGAUACCUGACGAGGCACAGAGCUAG